UUUGUGUACAGGAAUCAAAGCAAGAGGCAUAAGAAAAUUUCAUCUACAAAAAUGGAAACUAAAAUAAUUUACAGGAACAAGUUCUUCCAAAUUAUCAUUGCAAUACUGCUACCAUUGAUAUUAGGAUGGAUAGGAUCAUUAAGUGCAACGAGAUAUAAGGAACCAUGGUAUACAAGACUUCAGCGUCCUGCUUAUACUCCUCCGGAUAUUGUCUUUCCACUUGUCUGGACAUCAAUUUACGUUAUGAUUGGAUAUGCAAGUUAUCGCGUGUACGAAAAAGGAUAUGAAUUAGGCAGAGCACAAGGUCCAUUACUUCUUUAUUUUGUGCACUUGCUAUUCAACAUUACUUGGACUACAAGUUUCUUCUACUUCCACUUCAUCGGUUUUGCUACAAUUCACAUCAUCAUUAUAUUCAUCUUGCUAGUCUUUACAGGCCUUUUAUUUUAUCGCAUUGAUAAAAUUGCAGGAAUUCUGUUCGUUCCGUACGGUCUAUGGGUGGCAUUUGCUUCAGCUGUAUGCGUUGCCAUUUUCAGAAUGAAUUGA